GAGAAUAGUUUCGUUUUUCUGAUUUGCAGUUGUUUUAGGCUUAAAUAUUCAACACGGAAAUCAAUAGGAAUGAAUACUUGUAGAACCUGCCUUAAAACUCCAGCCGACAAAGAUAUUUCUAAGCUGAAUAAAAGUGUAAAAAACGACAACAGAAAAUGCAUUGAUAUCAUAGAGUUUUGUCUGGAUAUAAAGGUUACAGAAGACUCCAAAAUAACAACGAAACUAUGCAACAACUGCUAUAGAAAAAUCAUAUCGUUUUACAAGUUUAAGGCUCUAUCUUUGAAAAAUGAUGCCUAUUUGAGGUCUCUGGAGCCACCUGGGCAGUUAGUAGACCAAAAACAAUCUAUUUAUGUUGACGGAAAUGGAAUUAAACACGAGAAUCCCUUGGAAAUUGAUGAAUAUGGUCCAUGUAUAGUUGAAGAAUACAAUAGAGAAAUCAAAAUAGAAAUAGACUUUAAACAUGAAGAAAUAGAUGGUGAAAAGUCACUCAGUGGAAAUUGUAAAGAGAGGAAGAAGAAGGCCAAGAAACUAAGCCUAGUAAAAGCAGAAAGAAUUAAGCCAAAAAAACUAAUAUGCGAGGAAUGUGGGAAGACAGUUCUUAAUCUCAAGCAGCAUUUGCUGCAGCACCGACCGAAGGAAGAACGGAAAAUGCUGCACUGCCAGGCCUGUCCAAAGGUCUUCUCGUCUAGAAGCGGUAGAAACAAGCACUAUGCGGUCGCACAUUUAGGACUUAAAAUGAAAUGUGAUAUUUGUCAUAAAGAGGUAUCAAGUGUGAAAACGCACAAGAUGCAAGUCCACAACCGGCAUGAGUUGCCUUUCAGCUGUGUGUUCUGUUCAAAACGCUUCAUCUCUCGGACCGGGCUCGAAGCGCAUGUAGCCGGGCACACUAAACAUUUCUCAUAUGAGUGUGACGAGUGCCACAACACAUUCCGCUCUAAAAUGUCCAUAUCUACUCAUAUUCGGAUGGUUCACAUAAAAGAAAAGCUCUAUCAAUGUCAUCUGUGUUCAAAGGCUUUCUUCAAAAAGUAUUCACUUCAAAAACAUGUAUGGUCGCACACCAAAGAACGUCCGUUCGAGUGCGAGGAGUGCGGCAAAUCAUUCGGCGACAGGACAACGCUGAGGAACCAUCGCUUGACUCAUGCGGACGUCAAGAGCUUCCGCUGUGAGGUCUGCGACAUGAGUUUUGCGAGGAAAGGGUAUCUAUCUGCGCACAUGAUCAGCCACACGAAGGAGAAGCGCUACCCGUGCGGGUUCUGCGGCGUGCGCUUCGGGCGCUCCGACCACCGCCGCCGGCACGAGUUCACCGCGCACAAGAAAUUUAUAAACGCGACAAACGAUUGAGGACUUUUAUGAAGAAGGAUUAAGGUUGAAUUUCCCUCCGCAGCCGGAGUUCAUUGCGUACAGAAAAUCUGAACGUGUGAAACGAUUGAGGGCCUUUAAGCUCUAAGAAAUAAGGUUGAUACUUCCUUCGAGCAAUGCAACGUUGCACAGUAACUACCGGACAAACGUGUCAAAGGGUUAAGGACCUUAUCUCCAAGCAAUAGGGUUGAUAUUCCCUAGCACCACCGCAACCGGCACCACCUCACUAAGCACAAGAAUUAAGAGUCAAUCCCAAAUUGAUUUUAUCUCCAAGAAAUAGGGUAGAAAUUCCCUACGCAACCGGCAUUUCAAUGCACAUAAGGA